AUCUGAGCCAGAACGAAUCCCAGUAAAAUCUCUAAAUGCUUUUGGCAUUCUUUUCCCUCGCAUUUCCCUAAUUCUGUUAUUAAUAUGGGAAUGGGAGCAAAUGAGGAGGCAUCGAGUCGAAGAAAUGAAUUGCUCUUUGGCUAGUGGAAAUGGGGUUCUUGUCGUCAACGAAGUAACUGCUCUAUUUGGAGAGUGGAGCCAGCCUCAAAGCCGCCUUGGUUCUAUAGUAAUCUCUCAGCGUUUGAGUUGACUAAUCCGAUGGUACUUGAAGAAGAGUGAAACGACGAGAUUUCCUUAUAGGAGGAGAAAGGGAUUCCUGUUGCUUUUGGGUGGGUCCAAUCAAGGUACGAAAAAACUCUUUUCCCACGGCUCACUAAUACGAUCCUAUCUUACCAUUCUUCUAUCCUUCUUCAUCACGGGACAGAAGCAUAACGCUGAUCUAUGGACGAAGGAAGGUAUCAGAAAAUUCAUUAUGACCUAGACCUAAACCAGGCUGAUAUUGAACAGAGGAGGAGUUCUUGUUACUACUUCUCGCUGGCACCAAAAGAAGUUUCGCCUGAUUCGGACCUUUUGUGGUGGUCUGCCGAGGACAGCACCUAAAAACAACCCUUGUGCCAUGGAAUAUUCCCUUUUACGAUUGGAGAACCUGGCUUUGAUGACAUUCCUGAGGAAGGUAUUUCCCCUACUAGGCUCGUUGCUUCGCUUAUUAAAGAUCAGAGAAGCGAAUGCCUCUCGUAAUUGAUUGAAAAGUGCUCGCCUCUAGUUCCGGCAGAUGCCUGCCAUGUACCAUCCGUGGAGGAAGUAGUGGGUUAUUGGAAGUAUAGGAUUAUUUCUCAAGUGUCACCAAGGAUACACCCCACUUACUAAAUAGGCCUGUGGAUGCGGCAUCUGGCUCUAUGCGAUGAAAGCAAUGGGAAAUGAGAUUCUGGGUUUGAUUACUGGUACAAACAAGUUCAAAGCUAGCGAGAGCAUAAAGAACGGUAGAUUCCAUUCAACUGGUAGGUCAAGCCCUUACCCAUAACACUUAUUCAAAAUGGGCUAUCCGAAAGAGGAGAUCAAUAAUUCCACUAUCAAUAUGGGUAGGCUGCUAUAUCUAGAAAGAGAAGAUGAAAGGUUUUGGAUUAUUAGCAAAGGUACUUAUCUUAUUACUCAGCUAGGCACUUACAAACCUAUUUAUUUACAAGUUCCACAUGGGUCUGGUCAGGAAGACUCGGAAUCAUUCUCACGGCCACCCCACACGGGAGCGGCUUCUCCGCCAAUCGAUCAUCACUUGCAUACAAAAAAAAGCCCCUUUUCCAAUGGAAACCUGGGGAAAUACAGUUGCUCAAUUCAUUCGAUUUCGAAAUAGCGUAUAAAGUGAUUCUUGCAAUUUCACUGCAGGCAGCGUAGCAAUUCUCGCGGGAAUCUCGGUCUUGUUUGGGCCGAUUCCUUAACGAGAGCCUAGUCGAAAGCGCCCAUAAAAAGAGUAAAUCGUUUUCGGUAUGGGUACGCUGGCCCCUACGAGGGGCGGUAAGCAAGGUAGAGACCAGGGAGCAGGACCGCGAAGGGUCUUCCCAUCUCUUCUUGUUAUUGUCUUUGUCCGAGAUGCCCGGUUCACCAAAUGAUAAUUCAAAUCGAGAUUGUGUGAAGUAAAGAUCGAGGUUUUUCUUCUUACUAACUUUGUCAAAGAGGCUAAAAAAACAAUAAAUGACCAACGAAACUUCGAGUGAGUAGGAUAAGGAGGAGUAGUCGGAGGAUCUGAGAAGGGAAUUAGAGAAAAAAGAGCAGCAGCUCAGUAAUAACACCUAGGCUUUUGAAUUAACUCUGCGAUUUGGAAGACGGAGGAAAUGAAAGUAGAAGAAGUUAUCGAAACUCGGAACCACAUGUUCAAUCUUUUUUUAGCGGUUUCCCCAGAGAUCUUUAUCAUUAACGCAACCUUCAUUUUGCUCAUUCAUGGAGUUGUAUUUAGUACCUCUAAGAAAGAUGAUUAUCCACCGUUAGUUAGUAAUGUGGGUUGGCUUGGAUUACUUAGUGUUCUAAUAACCUUGCUUCUGCUCGCCGCUGGCGCACCUCUCCUAACUAUUGCCCAUUUAUUCUGGAAUAAUUUUUUUAGGAGGGACAAUUUUACAUAUUUCUGCCAAAUCCUUCUAUUAUUAAGUACGGCUGGUACCAUUUCGAUGUGUUUCGAUUUUUUCGAAAAAGAGAGGUUUGAUGCUUCUGAAUUCAUUGUAUUAAUUCCACUUCCUACUCGCAGUAUGCUCUUAAUGAUCCCGGCUCAUGAUUUAAUUGCCAUGUAUUUAGCUAUUGAGCUUCAAAGUUUAUGUUUUUAUGUGAUCGCAGCAUCAAAAAGAAAGUCUGAAUUUUCCACGGAAGCCGGCUCAAAAUAUUUGAUCUUAGGUGCAUUUCCCUCUGGAAUAUUAUUGUUCGGGUGCGACCGGACUACUACCGAUCAAUUUUUUUGAACUUCUUUAUAGACUUGUAGAGACCCUCUACGUAGUUGUAAUUCUAGGGCAAUCGAUCCACUUUCCCCAUAGCCCUAAGGCUGUGUCUCGAUCUCCUACGCGCGAAAGAUAAGAUACGGGAGACGGGGUCCUAUGGUAUGGGUCUUCGACCCUUGGUCUAAUUCCACGACGGAGAGUCGGCGUGGCGUAAAGUGAAGAUUGGGGGGAAUAGAGCGAAAUCCCCGUCUGGGGUAUUCCGAAGGUGUAACCUAGGCAACGAAAAAGGGGCCCGAUACUUCAACUAAAGGAGCGACCUGUUGGUUCACCAAACCCCGACCCAGUGUCACACGUUCUCCAGGUCCGAAGGGAUCCAGUGCCCAACUACCGACUCCUCCCGGAAUUGCGUUAUCGGAGCCGAGCCAGGAAUAGCCAUUAGUGGACACCUACCACUUUUCACCGGUUAGAGAGGCCCUCUUUAAUACAUUAAGAAAAUAUGUUCACAGGGGCCAGAAAGACUCGGUCAUAGGAACUUAGACCACCUACGCGCUGGUAAACGAAAACCACCUCGACCGGAUCUACCGAACGAAGAAGGCCGCCCCGUCGAAAGAAUUAACACGCCAAAAGGGCCACCAGCUUUCCCCCAAAAAGGGGAGAUCCGCUGCUUACUGCUCACGGAAACAUCCGACCUUAUGGUCAAGUCGUCCGCCUAUCUUUCUGAUCUCAUUCGUUUUCCGAUCGCAUAAAAAGUCAUGAGAUCAAAAAAGAAAUGUGAGAAUGUAGUUACAGAUGUCAAAAAAGUCAAUAUCUCGUUCUCUUGUUCCAUAGAUGGGGCGUCCUAUCCGAUGGAUGAAUGAGGAGCCUCUGUCGAGUAGUGAAAUGAUAGGAUUCUGCUUUUCGGUUAAACCGAAACACAAGUCGGCGAUUCAAGCCAAGAGUGCGGGCACCUUAAGAGCGGUCAAAGCUAGAAGCUAUAUCAUGACUGCUGGAACGAAAGACCCGAUGAGUAUUUUCGUACCACCUUCCAAUCUUCUUAGUCAAUUGUGUACUUUUCCACUAGGCGAGACAUAAGUUAUCGGAAUCCGGGGCCUGUUUUUCCCUAUUUCCCAAGGGGAAUGUCAAAUUGUGUGGUUUCAAAGUCUUAUGAGACAGAAAGUUUUGGAAAAUGGAGCUGCCGUUUUCACUACUUUGGUCCCUAGCGAUAUUGUUGCUUAAACUAACAUGGAAAGUGGGUUCAAUCACUUUAAAGUGCCCUCUCAAGUGUCAUCUCAUAAUGGUAAUCUCCUUAUGGUAUAGUAAUUUGGCUUAGAAUAAGAAACCUAUCUCUUCCCCCUAAUGGCUUUUCACUACCCCUUGCGGGAAUGCGUAUCGUUGCUGCAUCGCCACCGUAUUCCUGACUUGCUUUUCCGAACUGCUUGUUUUCUCGGGGCUGCAGUCCAGUUGCUUAGUGGUUUGCUUCUCGGUCUACCCAAUCAAGGUUAGACCUCGCUCUAUCAACCAUUGCUUUAAAUAGUAUCAUGUUAUUUCAUCUUUCAUUGAUACCAUCAUUACAAUCGAGGGCCUACAAUCCAUGGAAAUCCCUAUUCCGAUCACUGGGAAAGAAGAGCAAGUAAGUAAUGAAUGAAUGAAUGAAUUUAGAUGGUAUAUAAACAUCUCCCCAUGAAGGGAAGGUGCUAUAGUAUCUAACUAAGAAAACAAGUAGGUUGUGAAAUGAUAGGAAAUAUGCCAUGCAGAAAAUCAAGGAAAUAUUUCCUGGAUUUUCGGAUGACCCGGCUUAUCUUUGCAGUUAUCCUUAUUUAGCAGAAUCUAGUGAGUGUUCCAUUAAAAGGAAAGAGAGCUAUUCGUUGUAGGAUUGAUCCAGACAACCCAACCUAAGUCACCUAUUGCGCCUAACCUAAGUAUAGUGCCAGUGGUCGGCGAGGAGAAGUUCAUUCCUGUAGAGAAGAGAGGGGAUCCUAUUUCCUUUCCCCCUUUCCCAGUAUGGCAACCUUAUCUUCCAGCAUGAAAGUUGGUAUCAGAAUGAAACAAUCCAAUCCAUACUUGUGGAGUGCUAAGUUCAGUUCCUGAUUUAUCUCAAGCCUAAACCGGAAAAGGAAACCUAUUACCCGGGGUCCCCCCUUUCGGCUAUCUCAUCUGCUGUUCCUCGACUCUCAGGAAGGUAAGAUCAUCAAUCAAUAGUAGGCUGCUGCUCUGUGCAGUUAAAGAUGGGAUCCAACCUGUUCUGUUUGCUUGUUUCCUAUAAUCUGUGCUCGAUUCCAUAUUUCUGUAUCCUUCGAUUCCCGGGACAGAUCUGAUCUCCUUUAUACUUACCUCAAACAACGAGCGAAGUCGAGAUGUUGAUGAGAAAGGGGCUUUUCUCAAGGCCAAAGAGUGCUCUUUGAAGGCUACUAUGCAUCCUUACGAAUACAAGAGUGGUUUUUUUUGUUUUGGGUAUAGCAGGACUUGAACCUGCGACCAUUAGGUUAAAAGCCCAAUGCUCUACCAACUGAGCUAUACACCCGAUUUUACAAGAAGGCUUGGUGCGGAAAAGAAAAGAGGGCGGCCUGGCCCCUUUUCUUCUUAUCAUAUCACAAGGGCGCGGCUCUGUAUGGUAUAGUACUGUGGAGCAAGUUUGGGAGUCCUUUCCACUCAUUGAGGAUUCUAUCUAAAAAAGAAGGUCAACGGGGGAGACUACAGUAGCUCGAACUCAGAAACUACCCUUCUAUCCCACCCUGCUCCUCCGGCAUCGGAAGCAGAACUACCUGACCGAAGGAGAUAGACAGGAAGGGAAGACGGUCAUACAAAGGCCGAAUAAAGCUCUCUUGAAGCUGCAUCUGAAUAGACCUAGAGUCACUCAGUACAUACGAACCCUUGAAUAAAUAAGAAUUGAGAAGUAUGAAAUGUGGGCAUCAUAACAAAAAAAGAAAAAGACCGAACCAGUAAGACUAAUGUCUACUUAUUUAUACCUUUGAGAGGUCCACUUAGACUAUUAUGAUUUUCUCUUUAGCUACGUAGGUUAUAUAAGAUUCAAUUCAAUCUAACAAGCGGACUGGACUACCUUCGGCUACUACAAGAUAUUUAGAAACCUAAGAAGCUGAGCCUACUUUACGCACUUAAGGCAGCAGCAGAUGAUGAAGAAAUGGGCGGUAGAUGAUAAUGAGAAAGGGCGCCCCUUGGCAUUUCCUGUGGGGGAGUCUGAUUGAUCCAAUCACGACGAAUGAUGUCAACCCCCUCUUUUGCGCCUAACUUGACUCUGAUUCUCCCACUAUGAGAGCUGAUCCAGGGGCUAGUUCGGCUACAGAAUGGAAUUUACGAAAGCCCCCCCCCGUCUUUCCGACUCAAUGUAUUGCCCUUUGGGACCAGGAUCUGACGAGGAAGUGAGAGAGGGGACACCAAACAUAGGUGCGUACCAUUGCCCCAAUCCAAUGGACUAUGUCAUACAGGGAGGAACCCUUGGAGGUUGGGACAGAAAGAAAGCAGGUUUUGCUUCUGCUUCCUUCGAGCUACCAAACUCUUUCGUCAGGUGUGGGUCAAGUUCCCUCAUUAUUGCUUGACUUCCCCUUUGGGGCACGAAAAGAUGGACUAGGACUUAAGUAAGGGAGAGGACAACCCCUGUUUCUGGCUUACCUUCAACGAGUGAGUGCUAUUCCCAUUCCUUACUUUGAUCCGACCCUGUUCCCCGACCAGUUUGCUUGCUCACUAGAAGAGUCAAGCGAGAGCAGCUAGUUUAGAAGGAAAAGGACACCAGGGGCUAUUCGGCCUCACUUGUCGGAGACUGAACUACCGCUCGCUUACUUGCUGAUCAAGGAGGUCAUUUCCACUUACUCUAAGCAUAGAAGGAAGAAGAUUGAAAAACUAACAAACAAAUUGUCUUCAGCCCUACUUACUUAUAGGCUGACUUGGCCCAGGAAACAAGGUUCUAUUAGGCUUGCAGGGCUUAAAAAAGAAUGAGCUAGAUCGCAGGUAUUUGGAUACGAGGUAGUAGCGGGGUCUAGUCGAAGCGGUGCGCAAAGUGUACAAAGGCGAGUCUCACGGGCAGCGGCACGUGAGGGGUCUCCCGAACUUCAUGGAAGACGCAGUUAGGGAGUUGGAAGAUGCACUUUGGACUCCUGCACCAGUAAGAAUGGAACUGGAAUAAAAAGUCGGGGUAGCUAGUCACUCCGUUACUGAGGAAAGAGAGGAUGGCAUUUCCAUAAGUAGACUCUCCUUCUUACUGAAUCCUUAUCCUGCCCUCUCUACUCGGGAACAAUUCAUUCUUAACUCGUACAUAAGUUCCGGGCGUCGACAAGAGAGUUAGCGAUCUACAGCUGGUUCGGUGGACUGGUGGUGACACGGGCGGGCCCUCUACUUUAUUUGCCGAAUCCAAUCGAUCAUGGGCGGCCCUCUUCGUUCACAGUCUUUCUUUCCUUUCGAAUCCAAUUGUUCCAAUCUGACCAAAUAGCAAUUCAUUGAAAUCAUUCGGGUCACCUCUUUUUUAAGCACUUGACCAAGCCUAUUUCUAUAGAAAAGGACAGGAAUCUAUUGACUUUGAGUCUGUCUCCUACUACGAAAUUGGAACUGAACACAGGAUGGCAAUAGUGAGAAAAAAAAUCCCCUCGUACUACGUCAUUAUUUAUUCUAUUUUCCCUGGUAAGUGCUCCAGAUGCAGUUGCUUUAGUUGACGUAGUGAGUGGAACCUAAUUAUCUGUUUCCUUGAAUACCAGAGUUGCCUUUUGUAGAUGAGAAAGCCAACAAUUUUGCAAGGAGUUGAUAAUUGCACUUGAAGUAGUAAGUUUAAAGACAGUUGAAACUUAAUGGCACCGUUUAACCAAGCACUCUUGUAGCUUCGGAAACUCCGUGUUCAGAUCGGUGAGGCAAGAGACGAAUUCAUCGUCAGUUACCUCCACGAUAUCCAAAAUACCCUCCAGACCAUGAAGACAGAUAAUGAGAGUCAGGUUCAAACAAUUCAAGGAUUGUAAAUACCAUAACAGCAAAGUAGAAUGCACCAAAUUUUUCCUAUUACCGGUUCCAGGAAGAGCACACCAAAUGAAAGAAACUAUUACUCAAAAAGCGAAUCACAUCUCGAUCCACAAACUGCCAAAAGCCUUUGUUAUUCCAUUCCCAGUGGAACGUCAACCUGUUUAACAACAAUUUUCUAAGAAACUUGCUGAAUUCUAAAUGAAACAACCUUAUUUUCAAGUGACAGGCAAUAUCCAUUUCAACCAAUUAUUAAAGAUAAAAGGGCUAACUGCACAGCUAAUUGAAUUCCUUUUCGAGGUUGAGUUCAUCUUGAAACCGCAUUUGCUUCCUAAUUAAACUGAGAAAAAAUAAGAAUAUUAAAAGAAAGACUCCACAGAACAUGAAUGAAUUCAGGUACAUCACAUCAGGCUGAUAUGUGCCGGUAUCAUACCUGUUUCAAGAUUCUGGCUAAGCCCUUCUUGUUGCCACAUAUCCAGUUUCUUCUAAGGUUUCUUGAAUUGCUCAAGUUCCUGCUCAACGCUUCUUGUCUAGCUCCAGUCUAGCACUUGUACCAGUCGCCUACCAGAUCACGGCUUUGCUCCAAUUCGACUCUCCAAUUAUGCAAUCCUCUCCAAAAUUGGGGCUUUUCUUCACUUCAGCACUUCCCCUCGCAGUGGAUUCCACUAGGUUCUUAACCUCUUCCCAAUUCUUAAACUGAAACCUGCGAUGUCUAAUCCAACUCGGCACCUAACCAGCUUGUCAGCAUCGUAAGUUUGCCUCAACAUUCCCCCUAGAAAUACAAAAAGAAUGUAAAUCUACUUUCAUUUAUUUAUUAGGGAUGAGACUUUCUUUUUCUUUUUCUAUUUUCUAGAAUAAGUAUGCUCUGGAGUAAAAGGAUUCGAACCUUUGCAUGCCGGUACCAAAAACCGAUGCCUUACCACUUGGCUAUACUCCAAACGGGGGGAAGGCUCGAUGAAAACGAGCUGGGAUAUAGAUUUUUCAGAAGGAAGAGUUAGUUACCCUCGGUCUUCCUUCUUUCCCGGGAAUCAAGGAAGUAGUAGCGGGACAGUCCUUUAUUUCCCCCUUUAGACCAACUACAACAAGCUCGCUCCUUAGGUUAGCUCUCUGCUCUACCUAUUUGUUUGCAAUGCCUUGCUUAUCAAAAUAGGCCUUUCUGUAACCUGACCUUACGCUGAAAAACAGCACUUGUUGGCUCUGCGUCCACUGAAACUUAUGAAAAAGAAAUGUUAUUCUAUCGAUAUCUUCAAGAGUUCCCUAACCCCCUGACUGAGAGUGCUAUGAUGGGCUAUUGAAGUUCGUCCCUGCGGCACGGUGGGGCAGUGCAAAUCCUUUCAUUAAUGAAGUUCCGCCCUGACACUCCCAUUAUUGGCUUCCUUCCCUGGGGACCGCUCGGGCGAAGGCAGAGCAUGGAAUGAUCGUAGGGGCAUCCUUCCUAGGUGGAAAAGACGUGUGUGACUAAAACCAGGAGGAGAAAUCCAUUUUCAAAUGGCGACAGAAAGAAAGGAAUCACGAAAUAGAAGAAAAAGUGCACUGUGCUGGCAAAUGUGGAGAAUAGCCAUCCAUCUUUCAUCAAUGAAAUUGUUCCGUAUGGGUAGCAAAUACACAUAUCAGAAGAGCCAACCCGAAAGCACUUGCUUCAAAGAAGCAGCAGUUACCAAGAAAUUCCUGUUUCAAGUCAGUAUAUCUCGAUAGAACCAAUUCCAAUCCAGGUAGUGUGAACAGAGGAUGUGGAAGUUCUGUUUCCUUGCCUUGUCAAGCAUUUCAUCUGACACUCUAUCUAUACUAUAGCUAGAUCAAUUCCUAUUCUUUCUUCCAGGCGACUUUACUCCAAAGAAUUUUGCCUUCUUAUCUUGACUCGAUCUCACGAAAUUGGAUUGAUUGGCACACCGCGCAUCUGGCAUUCGCUUCUCCUAUCUAUCUCUUCCAACUAAGCUGAUCACUGGAAAAUAUGAAAUCCUGCAAGCAAUCAUUCCAGAGCCAACUACGAAGAUACCUGGUCUUCCACUCUGUUCACUGGAGGAAAGACAAGAAAGUAAACAAUUCUUCAAAGGAAUUGGCUCUACCGGAACAGAGGAAUUGGCUCGCUCCUUCGCUCGCUGGGUAAGCGUAGAAUGCACACCAGUCUGGUAUCAAAGCGUAUCUACUUGAAAAGGAGACUACUUGAACAGAUGAAAUGGAAGGAAGAAAUGAAAGUUCGAUCUACCAACGUAGAGUCCGCCCCUCCCAGGAAGAAGAAAUUUGCUACUUUGGCUCAUCAGUUGGUAAGUCUGUCUAUGAAGUUCAGUACCCAGAAAAGAGAAAAAAAGACCAAAACAAGCUUUUUCAAGCUCUACAAGUCCUAUAUAUAUAGUGUUCCACUAGAUAGCCGUGUUAAACUAGUCCAGUCUUGCCGAGUGGCCUUAUCUUCUGGUUACCUGGUCCGGUACUUCUACUUCGAGAGUGAGUUAGUAAACAGGAUCAACUUUAUGAUCCAUUUUGAGAAAUUGCAAUCACAGAAUCAGAACGAGUGGGUCUAGAGUCCAUCCUCACACAGUUGAAAUGCUGCUUCUCCCUUCUCCUUUCCAAAAGAAAGUGGAUCUCAUAGCCUCUGACAAUUCGAAAAGUAGGUCUCAGUCUCAUUUUCAGAUGAAAUUUUCCACCGGAAAGAGAAUCCCAUAUUCUUUAAGCCAAGCCGCCAAUCCUAGGGUCAAUGCGGAACAGGAAACCAUUGCUAUUUGAGCAGUUAGAGAAUAGAAAUUCCACUCAUUUAGAAAUCGAUCAGCGAAUGCCAGAGGAAGGAUAAGGGGAGCCUACACCAACGUAGUCUUAGCCCUAGAACACAUGGAGCUUGGAGCACUGAUAAUAAGUCUGUCUGAUUUUCAAGGAGUUUAUGAACAAUCACCACAUCCAUAUUGAGGAGAAAGCUCACUCAGGCUACUGAACUUGUAAAUACAGUUGCGCUCAUGAUAGGGAUUCCGUUUAUGGCGUGAGGUGAAGUUAGAAGCAUACCUGGAUAUAUACUCAUAGUGGCUUCCAUACCUAUCUCCGGUAGAACUAACAAAAUAGAAACCUAUGACUAGUAGACUCAUACGAAAACUUGAAAGAUCUAUUUCAUUAGAAGAGAAAGUUCACUAAUCUAUGGCCUAGAAAGCAAAAAGAAAUGAUCAGUCCAAUGACAGAAGGACAGAAGCGCGUUCCCUUCGUCCUCAAUGUGCGUCCACAGCUUACUCGAGUGCUUGAGAUAUUCAUUCGGUUUAAGGCACCUUCAUCGUAGGAAGGAAAAAACCCGGAUCCCCGGGCGGAUCAUUCCCUCUAACAAGCUAAACAAGAGUCCAGGAGCGAGAGAGGAAAAUCCAAAGUGCAAAUAACAUAAUAUGAAAAAAGAAAAAAGUUCUAUUGAGUUGUUGAAAAAAAAAAAGGCACUUUAGAAGCGAAAGUAGGCUAUUCUCGUAAAGGAAUAUCGUAACGGGCGACUAGGUAAUAUAGAAGGCCGACCCACCCGAAUCUCUUGGUGGCCUUUCCCUCGGCUUCCAUCACAGAAGAUGUCAGCAAUAGCAAUCCUUCAGUCAAUAGAAUCAGUAACUAUACUACUUAAACUUAAAUAGUUCAAUACCAACCAACACAUAAAGCAAUAACCAGAUAGAUAGAAUGAUAACAGGUAAUACGAAGAUAUCAACACAGCCGGAGUCACGAGGCUCGAUAAUGACCAAUGGGUUAGGAUCUGAGGAAGCUUAGUUUGGAUGAUGGAAUAUUCGCUGUUCUGAUUGUUGAGAUACUGCAAAUCCACUUAUCCAACAAUUUCAGUCCAUUUUCCUACUUUUUCUGCAAGGGGUUCAAGGGGAAAGCAUUAUUAUAUCCUUAAUAUGACUCUCUGUCACACGGAUGCUGCUGGGCUGCUACAAAACCCCUAUAGUCGAAAAAAAGAUCGAAACAGGGAUAAAACGUAGGAUAACCCAGAUCACUCGGACUAGCUGAACUCUCCAGAACAAACACAACCUAGGUGGUUUGACUAACGUUUUGGCACAUUAGACUAACCUAAGACAACUCCUGGCUACAUUCAGUCCUAUCGAGAUACAAGCUGUUACCAACCUGAUACAACGCAAGUCACAAGCUUGACACAGCGAGAAUGGCUGCAACUGACAACUCCUGCAUCUGAGAUUGACAACUCUAGUAACAGAGAAUGACAACUCCUGCAACAGAUAUUGACAGAGCAUGACACUCUCAACUGAGCUCAAUCCAGCUGUGAACAAUAAACAACACUGAAAGUAAACAACACGGUUAUCACAAAACUUGGAUUCCGGAUUACAACACUAUAGGCAAUGAACCACCACUAACGGCCCAUAACGUUAGCUGAUAGCCGCUGACCGUGGAGUACUUGCCGAUCCAUCAGCGAGGACUGUAUCAUUUAGCGAGCUAAAAACUUAAGGAACAUGUAUGUGAGAGUUCCACUUUAGCUCCCUCAACACCAGGCGGGACGAGCAGCCCUAUACCACGUGUAGCCACACUCUAGUGUCCUUUUCUACUUAGUUGGACAGAUCACUUCAGAAAAUCGUAUAAAAAUCAAGCAAGAAAACGGAUGCGCUAACGCGCAACGGCUUUCGCGCUAGUUGCUCAAAAAAUCGUAUAAAAAUCAAGCAAGAAAACGGAUGCGCUAACGCGCAACGGCUUUCGCGCUAGUUGCUCAAUCCGUUGCUUGCUUCUCUUCUGUCUUGGAAAAGUGAGGAUUUCCUAUCUGAUCCAAGGGAAGGAAGAGAGGUGGAAAGUGUUGCUGUGUCAAAUCGAGAUUGUGUGGGUGUCCGCUCAUGUUCGACGCUAUCGAAAAUCAUGCAUUGGAUGGAUGCCCGGGCAUUGAGAAGGAAGGACGCUUUCAGAGGCGAAAGGCCAUGGGGAGAUAUGAAUCUGUGAUCCAUGGAUCUCCGAUCGGGAAACCGUAUCCAAGCUCCGUGGCUAGUCUGCGCUCUUUGGACUUUUCAAACUUAGCGAACUGAAACAUCUGAGUAGCUAAA